AUGGCAGACUCCGAUGGCGAGUUCGUCGCUGACGGCAUGUCGGACGACGACCUCAUGGAGCACAACGUCAGCGACGAUGACAUCGAGACAACGGGCCGCCCCUCGCGAGGGGGAGGAGGCGGAGGAGGUGGAGGCAAGUCUUCCCGAUCGCGGCGGAAAGGCGACCGAGGCUCCGCGCGGGCUUGGGAGAAGUCGAAGCGCUCGUGGGAGACGAAUCUGCCCGAGGAGGACCAAAACGGCGUGCUCAACCUGACGGCCCUCGAGGCCGAGAAGCGCAAGCGCCUGCUGCGCGACACGACGCCCCUGCAGCGGGGCAUCAUACGGCACAUGAUUCUCGUGCUGGACAUGUCCUUUGCCAUGGCGGAGAAGGACCUCCUACCGACGCGCUAUCGGCUGACGCUGAGCUACGCCGCGGCGUUCGUCAAGGAGUUCUUUGAGCAGAACCCCAUCUCGCAGCUCGGCAUCGUGGGCAUGCGAGACGGCGUGGCGGUUAGGAUAAGCGACCUCGGUGGCAACCCGGCGGAGCAUCUCGAGAAGCUCAAGGAGAUUGAGGGGCAGGAUCCCCAGGGGAACCCGAGCUUGCAGAAUGCGCUGGAGAUGUGCCGCGGCGCCUUGUUUCACGCGCCGUCACACGGCACGAGAGAGGUGCUCAUCAUCUACGGCGCCCUGCUAUCGAGUGACCCGGGCGACAUCCACGAGACGAUCAACAACCUCAUCACCGACCGAAUACGCGUGUCCAUCGUGGGUCUGUCGGCGCAAGUGGCCAUCUGCGCCGACCUGUGCUCACGGACCAAUGCGGGCGAUGACUCCCAGUACAACAUUGCCAUGGACGAGGUACACUUCAGGGACCUGUUCCUCGCGGCCACGACACCGCCGGUCACGCGGACGCAGGAGCAGAGCACCGCCAGUCUGCUCAUGAUGGGGUUCCCGUCGCGGACGCUCGCCCCGGGGGGCAGCACGACCUACUGCGCGUGCCACAACAAGCCUUGCCGGGAAGGAUACGACUGCACCAGGUGCUCCACGAGGGUUUGCAGAUUACCGGCGGAGUGCCCUGCCUGCGGGCUGACGCUCAUCCUGUCCACCCAUCUCGCACGCUCGUACCACCACCUCUUCCCGCUGCGCAACUGGGUAGAGGUGUCCUGGGCGGACGCGAGCAGAUCAACCGUGUGUUUCUCGUGCCAAUGCCCGUUUCCCGACGCGGUCCGGGGGCAGAUCACCCACGUGCAGGCGAGCAAGAACAAGGAGGAGAACGCCAAGACAGCGGCCAAGGGCGUCAGCGAGAGCGGCCGCUACGCGUGCGAAGUGUGCGGGAACCACUUUUGCAUCGACUGCGACGUCUUUGCGCACGAGGUCAUCCACAACUGUCCCGGGUGUCAGAGCAACGUGCAGCAGAAUCACGAGCACGAGUCGGCCGCCGGGGUGAACGGGCACACCAACGGCGCGAUGGAGAUAGAUUCAUGA